AUGGCUGAAAAUAUUGAUUUAAUUGAUGAAAUGUCAUUGUUAGAAAAAAAUUUUAAUAAAGCUGCAAAUCAUUUACAAAGUAUUGUAUCAAAAUUAGAUUCUGGACAAUUAUUAGAAUUUUAUGGUUUUUAUAAACAAGCAACAAUUGGUGUAUGUGAUGUGCCAAAACCAAGUUGGUAUCAAACACAAGCUAAACAUAAAUGGAGUGCUUGGAAUAAUCUUGGUAAUAUGAGUAGAGAAGAAGCUAUGAAUAAAUAUAUUAAUGCCAUAACUAAAAUUGAACCAGAUUGGAAAAUUGAUAGUAAUAAUGAUGCAAAUAAUUCAUGGGUUGUUGUAAGUAGUUUACCAAAUACUGAUAAAAAGCUAAAUGACAAUGAUAAAAAAUUAUUAGACUGGAUCAAAGAGGGUAAUGAAGUACGUGUCAAAGAAAUACUUAUGAUUAAUUCAUCAGAUAUAAAUAAUAUUGAUGAUGAUGGUAUGUCACCAUUACAUUGGGCAUCUGAUCGUGGACAUUUGUCAAUAAUUAAAUGUCUCAUUGAAAAUGGAGCUUACCUUGAUCUUCAAGAUAAUGAUGGACAAACUGCAUUACAUUAUGCAGCAUCAUGUGGACACAUUGAAACAGUUGAAUAUUUAAUAUCAGUUGGGGCAAAAUUACUUAAAGACAAUGAUGAUUUAACACCAAAAGAUGUUGCUGAUGAAAAUGUUAAAGCCAUGCUUUGA